AGAAGAGAAGUAGACACAAGAUGAAACCCUGUCAAAAACUAGAAGGAAACCUAGAAAGGGAGGAUGAGCCAAAGCCCGAGGAGGGGCAGGAACCUGAGGAGGAGGAGAAAUCCGAAGAAACUUUUCGGGAGAGGCUGAUUCAGUCUCUUCAGGAUUUUCAGGAGGAUAUACACAACAGGCACCUGAGCAGAGAUGAUACGUUUACAGUCGUGGAGGAGCUAGAUGAGAUCAGGAAAGUGAGAAACAGACUAAUAGUGAUGCGUUGGAAGGCUAAUCGAAGCCAUCCUUACCCCUGUUUAAUGUAGCUUGGCUUGCUUUCCCUUUUAUCUGAUGCUACCAUUGCAAUCUAGCUUUCUUUUCAUUAGCAUUUUCCUGAUAAGACCUUCGCCCAUCUUCCUACUUUGAAUCUGUUGCAGUUAGUGGCUUUAGCUGUAUCUCUUGUUGUCUGUAUCUUACUGUUGAUUAUAUUUGAACCAAUCUAUAAGUCUCUGACUUUAAGCUUUGCUGAUUUGUAAAAAAGAAUAAUAAUAACAAAAUGAGUUUCUGAUGGGAUACAAAAUGAGAAAAGGUUACAAAAUAAUAUGGGAAUAUGAUAUUUUGAAAGACAGGAGUACCUUUGUAUGUUACAUA